UUGCUAAUUGUUGGUAACACGCUCGUUUCACUGUUGUUUAUUUCGGUGCACCGAAUUAUUUAGUAUGAAAUGUUCAACAAUCUGAAAAUAACAUUCUGUUGUGUAAAUACAACACAGUUUCGGUUGUAAAAGUGAUAAGACAAACGUUUAAUUUUUUUUUGUGGAGAUUCAGUCAUUUUCACAGGAUGGAUUUUGUCGUCAACUAUGCUGUUUGAAUAUCUUGCACCUAAUUGAUACUAAAAAUUUACUCGGUUUCCACUAUCACUCCAGAUUUUUAGACGAAUUAUACCGUGAAGAUGUCGGGCCAAACUCCAAUAAGUCCAGCGAAAAAUUUUCUAGCCGGAGGAUUCGGUGGAAUGUGCCUAGUUAUUGCUGGACAUCCGUUCGACACAAUAAAAGUUCGUCUUCAAACAAUGUCAGCACCUACAAAUGGGAUGGCUCCGUUGUAUACAGGCGCAUUCGAUUGCGCUCGAAAAACAUUGGUGAACGAGGGUCUACGAGGUUUUUACAAAGGAAUGGGUACACCAAUUAUGAUGGUCACUCCGAACUUCGCUCUAGCAUUUUUCGGCUAUGGUCUGGGAAAAACAGGGAUCAGUAAGCUGUGGCCUGGUGAGAUGACGCCCAUUAAAAUGUUUUUUGCGGGUGGAUUUUCCGGAGCAAUGUGCACAUUUCUCGUAUGUCCAGUAGAGCGAAUUAAAUGCCUGUUACAGAUUCAAGCAGGCUCGGCUCCGUUGCCUGGUCAAACUGUAUAUGCUGGACCGAUCGACUGUGGACGGCAACUGUUAAAAACUGGCGGCAUUUCUAGUUUGUAUAGAGGACUUGGAGCGACAUUCAUUAGAGGAAUUCCACAAGCCGGUUUAUAUUUCAUGACCUACGACGUUUUGAAAAAGGCAUUCGCUCCUGCUGAUGGUACAAGCUUAACGCCGAUUAGGACACUCACAGCUGGCGGAUUAACUGGCAUUAUAAAUUGGGUCUUUAUGCUGCCGGCAGAUGUUAUUAAGAGCAGAAUUCAAACUGCCCCUGAAGGAACGUAUCCUAAAGGUUUCCGCGAUGCAUUGCGAGCACUUCUCAGGGAAGAUGGACCGAAGGGUUUGUUCAGAGGAAUCGUACCAGUCUUUGUGCGAGCAUUUCCAGCCAAUGCGGCCUGCUUUAUGGGUUUUGAAGUUGCAAUGAAAUUCUUGAAUUGGACGGCACCGAGUCUAUGACACUAAAGUUAGUAACGACUUGAUGGCGAGUUUUGAACAAGUGUGAAUUUACUCUUUGUUAAUGAAUGAAUAAACCAGGAUGUGAACACGAAAAGAAUGAUCAAUCAUUCA